CCGGCGCGCGGGGCCGAUGCUGUGAGCGGCGCGGACCCCGACCCCGACCCAGACCCCGACCCCCCGCCCGCAGCCCCCACCCCGCGGCCGGCCGCGCCAUGUGAAGGGCGGGCGGCGCCCGGAGCGCGUGAAGAUGGGGGAUGCGGCGGACCCCCGGGACGGGAGGAGGACCUUCAUUGUUCCGGCCAUCAAGCCCUUCGACCACUACGACUUCUCCAGGGCCAAAAUCGCCUGCAAUCUGGCCUGGCUGGUGGCCAAGGCCUUCGGGACAGAAAACGUGCCGGAGGAGCUUCGAGAGCCGUUCUACACGGACCAGUACGACCAGGAGCACGUCAAGCCGCCGGUGGUGAGCCUGCUCCUGUCGGCCGAGCUGUACUGCCGCGCCGGCAGCCUCAUCCUCAGGAGCGACGCCGCAAAACCACUUUUGGGCCACGAUGCCGUCAUCCAGGCGUUAGCACAGAAAGGUCUCUACGUCACUGACCAGGAGAAACUGGUAACAGAACGAGACCUCCACAAGAAGCCCAUACAGAUGAGCGCCCACUUGGCCAUGAUGGACACCUUGAUGAUGGCGUACACGGUGGAGAUGGUCAGCGUGGAGAAGGUGGCCGCGUGUGCCCAGCAGUACUCGGCUUUCUUCCAAGCCACAGACCUGCCCUACGACAUCGAGGACGCCGUCACGUACUGGAUAAAUAAGGUAAAUGAACAUCUGAAAGACAUAAUGGAACAAGAACAGAAAUUGAAAGACCAGCACACAGUGGAAGCUCCAGGAGGUCAAAAGGCUCGUUACAGGAAAGAGCAAACAUCGCUCAAGCAGCUGCCUUGCGUUCCGUUGGUAGAAAACUUGUUGAAAGAUGGUUCAGAUGGCUGUGCGUUAGCUGCGCUGAUUCACUUUUACUGCCCUGGCGUCGUCAGGCUAGAAGAUAUUUGCUUGAAGGAAGCCAUGUCUUUGGCUGACAGCCUGUACAACCUGCAGCUGAUUCAAGAAUUUUGCCAAGAGCAUUUGAACCAGUGCUGCCAUUUCACCCUGGAGGACAUGCUCUACGCUGCUUCCUCCAUAAAGAGUAACUACCUGGUGUUCAUGGCGGAGCUGUUCUGGUGGUUCGAGGUGGUGAAGCCCUCCUUCGUCCAGCCCCGCGUCGUCCACGCACAAGGAGCUGAACCCGUGGAUGACCUGACGUCAGUUCCUGCCUUAAAUGCUGCCCAGGGGGACGCCCUGGACAGCUCCGGCUUCACCCCCAGUGGGGAAGGAGCCGCAUUUACACACGCCCGUCCUCAUUUGCCUUCUAGACACUCACAUCCCCAAGCUCAUUCUUCAGCCUCAGGAGGAAUAAGAAGGUCUUCAUCUAUGUCCUAUGUUGAUGGCUUCAUAGGGACAUGGCCCAAGGAGAAAAGAUCAUCAGUGCAUGGCGUUUCAUUUGAUAUUUCUUUUGAUAAAGAAAACAGUGUACAGAGAUCUGCUCCCAGCCGAGGAAUCGCUCGUUCUCUUAGUAACGAAGGACUCACCCUGAACAGCAGUCACGUAUCCAAGAACAUUAGGAAGAACCUGUCCUUCAAGCCAGUGAACGGGGAGGAGGAAGCAGGAAGCAUCGAAGAAGAGCUUCACGUGGGCUCUCAUGGGGACCUGGCAGCCUGUGUGCCCCUGGGCACGGACCAGCUGGGGUCUGGCGAGCGCAUGCACCACGGGCUUCCGCGCGGAGCUCUGCAGGGCAGAGUGCUGCUGGACGAGCUGGGCGGUCAGGUCGGGACCCCGAGCAUCGAGGAGGCCCUGCAGAUAAUCCACGACGCCGAGACGCCAGCCCGCUCCCCGCGGCCCGACCUGCUCGCCAACGGCUUCUUCCUACACAGCCAGGAGGUGGGCAUCCCGCGUGGCCAGUUCAGCCCCGAGGAUGUGGGCGACACGAAGGGUGCCCUGAGCCCCGUGACCGACAACACGGAGGUGGACACGGGGAUCCACGUCCCUUCCGAAGACAUCCCGGAGACAAUGGACGAGGACUCCUCGCUGAGAGACUACACCGUAAGCUUGGACUCUGACAUGGAUGACGCGCCCAGGUUCCUCCAGGACUACGACACAGGGAGCAGCAACGCCCGAGAGGCCUCGAGCCCUUGUCCCAGCACCGUCAGCACCAAGUCCCAGCCCGGCAGCAGCGCCUCCUCCAGCUCCGGGGUGAAAAUGACCAGCUUUGCCGAGCAGAAAUUCAGGAAGCUGAACCCCACCGACGGCAGGAGCAGCGGCAGCAGCUCUCAGAAGACCACGCCCGAGGGCUCGGAGCUCAACAUCCCUCGUGUGGUGGCCUGGGCGCAGGUCCCUGAGGACACGGGCCUGCCGCACAGCCGCGACACCACGCAGCUGCUGGCUUCCGAGGUAGUGCAUCUCAGGAUGAAGCUGGAGGAGAAGCGGCGGGCGAUCGAGGCCCAGAAGAAGAAGGUGGAGGCCGCGUUCACCAGGCAGAGACAGAAGAUGGGGCGGACAGCGUUCCUCACUGUGGUGAAGAAGAAGGGUGACGGCAUCGCGCCGCUGCGGGAGGAGGCGGCCGGCGCGGAGGACGAGAGCGUGUACUCGGAGCGGCCACGAGACAAGGAGCCACAGAAGGCGAACGGGCCGCGGAGCAAGUCCCCAGCCGACACCAAGGAGGGCACCGAGAGCCCCGCAGGCAGGUGGCCGCCGUCACCGCGGGCCCCCGGGGACCCUGCAGAGGAGCCACCACAGGAUGGCGAGCUGCUGGAGCACACGCGCUCCAUCGAGAGGCUCAACGCCUCCUUGCACGUGCUGCAGCGGGAGAUGCAGCGGCUGGCGCUGCAGCAGGAGGCGCUGAUGCAGAUGCGCGAGCAGCAGGCCUGGGUCAUCUCCCCGCCCCCACCCUCUCCGCACCGAGCGCCCCGGGACACCAAACCCCCCCGGCCGGCCGCUGACGCCCCUCGCCCUGCCCACCCGUCUCCACAGGCCGCUCCCCGGAAGAGCGCCUCUUCCUCUGUCAGGAACCAGAGGACUCCCAGGCCUAAUGAACUGAAGAUCACGCCUCUGCAUCGGACGCUGACGCCCCCUCGGUCGGUGGACAGCCUCCCCCGGCUCCGGAGGUUCUCCCCUAGUCAGGUCCCCAUUCAGACCCGGUCAUUCGUGUGUUUGGGGGACGACGGGGAGCCCCAGGAGAAGGAGUCCAGAUGCAAGGAGGGGGCCAAGGAGGAAGAGGAGGAGGAGGGGUCCAUGGGGCCCCGGGAGCAGCGUGGACAUGUCCCAGAGGACAAGGAGGCCCAGGUCCUGCCCUCGGCGGCUUCGGAGGGCCUGGCCCAGCCCGCCCCGGAGGCUGCAAGUCCCGACACGAGCGAGAGCCGCAUGCACCAGCCUGCAGAAGCUCCUUCCAAACCCGCCCUCCCACCCUCUGCUCCUAAAAGUGUCAACCUGAUCGAAGUCUCCCUCUCAGAUUUGAAAGCCCCUGAAAAGGCUGACGCAGCUGUUGAGAAGUACGGCGGGGAAAGCGACAGAGAGCAGCUAGAUGAAGAGCAGAAAGUGUGCUGUGGGUUCUUUUUCAAGGAUGAUCAGAAAGCAGAGAAUGACAUGGCGAUGAAGCGGGCAGCUCUGCUGGAGAAGCGACUGCGAAGGGAGAAGGAGACACAGCUGCGGAGGCAGCAGCUGGAAGCCGAGAUGGAGCACAAGAAGGAGGAGACCAGGCGUAAAACCGAGGAGGAGCGUCAGAAGAAGGAAGACGAGCGAGCCCGCCGGGAGUUCAUCCGGCAGGAGUACAUGCGGCGCAAGCAGCUGAAGCUCAUGGAGGACAUGGACACGGUCCUCAAGCCCCGACCGCAGGCGGCGAAGCAGAAGAAGCAGCGGCCCAAGUCGAUCCACAGAGACCACGUCGAGUCCCCCAAAACACCCGUGAAAGGUCCUCCAGUCUCUAGCCUUUCUUUGGCAUCACUGAACACAGGCGACAACGAGAGUGUGCAUUCAGGCAAGAGGACCCCGAGAUCGGAGUCUGUAGAAGGCUUCUUAUCUCCAAGCCGGUGUGGCAGUCGAAAUGGCGAAAAGGACUGGGAGAACGCAUCGACCACGUCCUCUGUGGCUUCCGGAACAGAGUACACAGGACCAAAGCUCUUCAAAGAACCCAGUGCAAAAUCCAAUAAGCACAUAAUACAGAAUGCUUUAGCUCAUUGCUGUUUGGCUGGAAAAGUAAAUGAAGGUCAGAAGAAAAAAAUACUGGAGGAAAUGGAGAAGUCAGAUGCCAACAACUUCCUGAUCUUGUUCCGGGAUUCAGGCUGCCAGUUCAGGUCUUUGUAUACUUACUGCCCGGAGACUGAAGAGAUUAGUAAGCUGACUGGGAUAGGCCCUAAAUCCAUCACUAAAAAGAUGAUCGAGGGCCUCUACAAAUAUAACUCUGACAGGAAGCAGUUUAGCCACAUCCCCGCCAAAACUUUAUCUGCCAGUGUUGAUGCAAUUACCAUCCACAGCCACUUGUGGCAGACCAAGAGACCAGUGACGCCCAAGAAGCUUUUACCCACAAAAGCAUAGGGACCAGGAAAUACUUGCUUCAGAACAUUCAUGGUAAAUUUGCACUUCAUCGUUCCUGCCUAUAGAAAACCUUUCUAAUUGCCGACAGACUUUUACUCAUUGAAACUGGACAUUCGGCUCUGUUGUCAUGACAACUGGAAACAGACCGCAGCGUUUGGAGCACAGGGGACUCACCUGGGUGACAGGCAGGCGGUGACGCCGUCGGCUCACAGGUGGAGGUCGCCUGCUUGGUGUCCCACACGCGGAAGCACUGAGUUCUCAUGGACACUAGUGGAAACACGGCUAAGAUUACCAAGUGCGUGUUUUGUUUGUUGCUUUUUUUUUUUUAAACUUUUUAACGUACGUGCCUGUCUUCAGAUGGUUUACUUUGCUGUUUUCCUUUCCUGGGUUUGUAUUGUUUCACAGGUAGAUCAUGGAAGUAGGAAACAGGCCUUCAGAGGUAACUCGCGCCUUUCUUACGAUGCUGAGAGAAACACUAGUGUUUAGUUUUACAGUAACUCUCAUGUUUUAAUGGUGUUAGAGCAUUUGCAAGAAAUAUUCUAAGUAUUUACAAUUCUGUAUUUAUUAUUCACUCAAGUAUUAACGUUUCUCUAUUAAAUAAGAGGAGGAGUUGUAAAGAGCUGCUAUAGGUGCACUUAAACCACAUGAGCUUAACCAAGAUGUUGUAAGAAGUUGCUGAUUAAAUCAGUGCUGUUUUUACACCACUUCUGGCCAACUCAGAAUAAUUUAGAUUGUUCUUUUAACAAAAGGCUUUCUGUCUCUUAAAGUAUGUCACUUUAUAAGCUGGCAGAAGUGAAUGACACUUUGAGAUGGUCUCUGAACCUGAAGAUGGAAGACUUCCUGCCACGAGUUCUCAAGAGGUCUUUACAUUUUAUUUAUAGCUGGCAUAAAAUUAUAUUUAGAAUUUUUAAACAUGUACAAAGGGCUACAUUUUAAGUUUAAAAUAGCUUCACAUUCUUUUACUUAUAUUGAGUUUUUCUCCUUUUUUAUCCUUUUCAAGUGGGACUGCUUAGAUGAAGUACACACUUGAAAUCUUCUCUAUGUGGUCUGGGUUCCUUUAACAGUGUAUACCAGAGGGUUAGUUGGGGAAAAACUUCAUUCUCAGGAAAAGACUUGAACGAUCCUGUGACCCUGUUAUGUUUCAGUGUUGUGACAACUGUGUAAACGUGGAGGGAAAGGCAGUAUUGUAGCAUUCGUGAGGCGCGUGGUCUGUUCUCUUUCAUGGCACGGAGACACUGAGGUGUGUACAUCUCUCGGAUGGCGCUGUUUAGAGGAGUAACUGCUGUCUCCUGUGAUGUAUGUACUCAUUUCUAACAAGAGGAGGAGCGCGGCGCCCGGAGCUGUGCUUCCUGUGACUGCAAGGCCUUCAGGUGUCAGCGCGUCUGGGCUACCAGCGUCCUCUCAAAUGCUGUCAUGUCAAUAUUUUACUGUAACUUAUGUUCUUAUAUUUAUGUAUAUUUGUUAAAAUUGUAAAAAAAGUUUCACAGAUUUUUUUCCAAUACCUGUGCAAGAUACAUGUGUAGCUCAGAACUAUUUGUGAUCUACUGUUUGCAUGUAAGAGACCAGGAUAUAUGUAACUCUUAUAUUUUCAGUGUAUACAUAUUGUGUAUAUAAUAUAUGAAGAUUUAAACUGGGGGAUUGCACAUCUUACCAUUCUAUCACGAUUAGAAGGAAAUGAUUGUCAACUACAUGUUUAGAUUGACUAGUUUAAAAAAAUAGUAAGUGGAUCUAAUCAAAAUGUGGUAAAUAAUAGAAGGAGAAUUAAUAACAUUCUACAUGAUGAAAUUUGUUCUUUUCAAUCAGUUAAAUUUCCCUUAUCAAAGCAAUCUUCUUGGUGAUACUACUUGGCCAUUAAAUUUUUUUUAAUUGGCUGCAAGACAAUGGAGGAACUAUGUAAAACCAGACAGGACCAUGCUUUACUCUCUCUCAAAUCUGUGUGUGUCCAGUAACGUCCACAGUGUCUGGAAGCAGAAGGUGAAUAUCGCCGUGAAAGGUCCUUGCUCUCAGUGGGGCGUUUUAUUUUAUUCAUGCAGAAGGAAUAUGGAUAUAUUUAAGUCUGCAGAUUUUUUUAAAUUAUGUUUUUAAAGUUAUGCAAAUGAAAAGUAUGCUAUUUCCUAAAGUCUGGAGAUAUCCAUCAACCUUAUGGAGACACACGGGUGCUUCUCGCCAUCGCAGGCCACGUUAUUAGGGUAAUCGUUCAGUUAAGUUUGCCAAACACGUGUCAUGGUUGCCAGUGCGGCCUGUCAGGUCCUGCCAUUUGACACGGCUCUGGAAAGCUUUUCAUUCCUCUCGGCUUUUCAAUUUUGUUUUAGAAUGACUGUCACAUUUUUUAUUUGGCUGUUUUUUAAGCCAAAUUCAGCUUUUUAACUGUAGUUUCACGGCCACUUUGGGCGACGCACAGCGUCCGCGGUGCCUGCUGUCCACUCGAGCGUCGCUUGCAGGUUUUCUACGAUGCUGUGCUGUAAGAUACUGUCAUAUUUGCUACUUCCUGGUACCGUGUAGUUUUUCCCCUUUCAUUUGAAUAAAAGCAUGGCACCAAAUGUCUUUUCUGUUUCUUGAAGAAAAUAUGGGCUUUUUGGUAACAUUUGAACUUGGGCAAACUCAUCACAUAGUGUUUCCUGUCUCUUAACCUCUGUUUACACUGAACAAUUUACACAUUGAAAUGUAUUUGUAAUCAUAAGAAAAAUAAAUUGAACCAUUCAGGUACUCACAA